CCUCGUCCGCGCGACUUUCCGGCAGAGGCGGCCGCGCUCCCGCCCGGCCUCCGGCAGUGCCCCUCCAGGAGCGGCGAGUCCGCGGCACCGCAGCCAUGACCGAGGCUGAUGUAAACCCGAAGGCCUACCCCCUUGCUGAUGCCCACCUCACCAAGAAACUACUGGAUCUUGUCCAGCAGUCAUGUAACUACAAGCAGCUUCGGAAAGGAGCCAACGAGGCCACCAAAACGCUCAACCGAGGCAUCUCUGAGUUCAUUGUGAUGGCUGCAGACGCUGAGCCCCUGGAGAUUAUCCUGCACCUCCCGCUGCUGUGUGAAGACAAGAAUGUGCCCUACGUGUUCGUGCGCUCCAAGCAGGCUCUGGGGCGGGCCUGUGGGGUCUCCAGGCCCGUCAUCGCCUGCUCUGUCACCAUCAAAGAGGGCUCACAGCUGAAGCAGCAGAUCCAGUCCAUUCAGCAGUCCAUUGAAAGGCUCUUAGUCUAAACCGGUGGCCCCUGACUCCUCCCCUGAGUUGUGUAUCAUAUUGUCUGUGUUAGCAUGUGGUGUUUUCUGCUACCUUCUAUUGUUAUAAAAUAUUGUAGUACUGAAUC